AUGAGCCAGGGAAGGAUAGAGUCCAGGAAAGCAGAAGCUGAGACAGAACACAGCAAUGGAGGCAGUGCAGGUGAGAAGGGCUGGGCCAGGAGAGUACACGAGGUACAGAAAGGAACAUCGCUGCCAGAGGUGGAUGCUCUGACAAAGGAGCUGGAGGACUUUGAAUUAAAGAAAGCUGCUGCCCGUGCUGUGACAGGAGUGCUGGCCUCCCAUCCCAACAGCACUGAUGUGCACAUCAUUAACCUCUCGCUGACCUUCCAUGGCCAGGAGCUGCUGAGUGAUACAAAACUUGAGCUGAACUCCGGGAGGCGCUACGGCCUGAUUGGACUCAAUGGGAUUGGGAAAUCCAUGCUUUUGUCAGCUAUUGGGAAACGAGAAGUGCCCAUCCCAGAGCAUAUUGACAUCUAUCACCUGACCCGAGAGAUGCCUCCCAGUGACAAGACCCCCCUACAGUGUGUGAUGGAGGUGGAUACAGAGAGGGCCAUGUUAGAACGAGAGGCGGAACGUCUGGCUCAUGAAGAUGCGGAGUGUGAGAAACUCUUGGAGUUAUAUGAACGUCUGGAGGAGCUGGAUGCUGACAAGGCAGAAGCACGGGCCUCACGUAUCCUUCACGGCUUGGGGUUCACACCAGCCAUGCAGAGGAAGAAGCUGAAGGACUUUAGCGGUGGCUGGCGAAUGAGGGUGGCUCUUGCUAGAGCCCUCUUCAUUCGGCCUUUCAUGCUGCUGCUAGAUGAGCCCACAAACCACCUUGACCUGGAUGCCUGUGUGUGGUUGGAGGAAGAACUGAAAACGUUCAAGCGAAUCCUUGUGCUGAUAUCCCACUCCCAGGACUUCUUGAAUGGUGUCUGCACCAACAUAAUCCACAUGCACAACCGCAAACUGAAGUACUACACGGGGAAUUAUGAUCAGUAUGUGAAGACUCGCUUGGAACUAGAAGAAAAUCAAAUGAAGCGAUUCCACUGGGAGCAAGAUCAGAUUGCCCACAUGAAGAAUUACAUUGCACGAUUUGGACAUGGUAGUGCAAAGCUGGCCAGGCAAGCUCAGAGCAAGGAGAAAACCCUUCAAAAAAUGAUGGCUUCUGGUUUGACAGAGAGAGUUGUGAAUGAUAAGACUUUGUCAUUCUAUUUCCCGCCCUGUGGGAAAAUUCCCCCUCCUGUCAUCAUGGUGCAGAAUGUCAGCUUCAAAUACACCAAGGAUGGGCCAUGGAUCUAUAAUAACCUGGAAUUUGGGAUUGACCUGGAUACCCGCGUAGCUCUUGUUGGACCCAAUGGAGCUGGAAAGUCGACACUGCUGAAACUGCUCACAGGAGAGCUGCUGCCCACAGAUGGGAUGAUUCGCAAGCACUCACACGUGAAGAUCGGUAGAUACCACCAGCACUUGCAAGAGCAGUUGGACUUAGACCUCUCACCCCUGGAGUACAUGCUGAAAUGCUACCCAGAGAUCAAGGAGAAGGAGGAGAUGAGAAAAAUCAUUGGCAGAUACGGUCUGACAGGGAAGCAGCAGGUGAGUCCCAUUAGGAACCUGUCUGAUGGGCAGAAGUGCCGUGUCUGCUUUGCGUGGCUGGCCUGGCAGAAUCCUCACAUGCUUUUCCUGGAUGAGCCCACCAACCACUUGGACAUAGAAACAAUAGAUGCCCUGGCAGAUGCUAUCAAUGAAUUUGAAGGAGGAAUGAUGCUCGUCAGCCAUGACUUCAGACUCAUCCAACAGGUUGCACAGGAGAUCUGGGUCUGUGAGAAGCAGACAAUCACAAAGUGGCAAGGUGACAUCCUCGCCUACAAGGAACAUCUCAAGUCAAAGCUUGUGGAUGAGGAUCCGCAGCUCACCAAAAAGACCCACAAUGUGUGAGCUCUAGAGCAGUCGGUCAGGUGCUCUCUGGAGACUGACAGUGGCCAGCGUGACUCGCCCAUCUGCCGACUGGAACGGGACUCUGCUGCUAUCUAUGUGGCUGUGUUCUAGGAUUGCUGCAAUACUGCUUCCCCUUGACUUGCCUUGCACCUCUGUAUCUGGACAGAUCUCUUCUCUCCUGAUCUGGCACCAUUUGGGCAACCACUUCCAUAUUUAGAAGAUGUCCCAUCUAAGCCAGGCCUUGGAAUCCAAUGGUCUGGGGUCAUGGCAGUGGCCGUUAGGGUGUCUGAGCUGCAGCGAUACAGAAGUGGGGACCCCAGCCCAGCUUCUCCUGCCUCUUCCUUCCCAAUUUCUGCUUCAGUUUAGAUACUUCACUUCAAACUCCUCUGGCCUUGGUUUGUUUUUAACUAUUAUUUAACAGUGUAAUAAACAGAUCUGCCUGAGAAUCCAUCAGUCAAUAAAGAGGGAAGAACAGUCUUGUUUUGUGAGCUGUAGUAGUUCUUGGGCCAAGCUGGGGCAAAUCAGCUAGUGCUGAGCUUUGAAUAAGGGUGCAGAGCCCUUUCUUCUGGGUUGAAGGUUCAGUUCUUGAGUACUGCUGAAGUCAUGACCAGAACAUGAGGUGGUGGGUACUGAGCUCUGGAGGUACAGAGCAGUGAGUAGGAUAUUCACACCUGGAAACCUCUGCUAGUCCAGAGUGAAUGCUGGGUUUUCCAGUCAGUGACAGAAGGGGGAGCAAGCCAUGCAUGCUGCUUUUGUUGUUGACAGACACAACUUGAAAGGGUUCUGCAGAUUGGAAGUUAGGGACAGAAUGUAGA